AGAGGCGUUUCUACAUACUUGAUAUGUCAUGUCAGUGUGACUUCAUAAGUGAAAGUGCCCUCAGCUUUAUCGGACGCAGCUUGUUUGAGCGUCAAGUUGUUGCUGUGUAUUGGAACUCGCUUAUUAGGAAUAAUGUCGGAGAGCAUCAAAAACGUCGCGAUAUUUGGAGCCACGGGAAUGACCGGACUGGCGACCCUUCCACAAGCAGUGGCUGCAGGAUACAAUGUAACGCUGCUGGUGCGGGACCCUGCUAAACUGCCUGCUGACCACAAGGCGUCCAGAGUGGUGGUGGGAGACGUACUUAAUAAAGAGGAUGUGAAGAAGACCAUGGAAGGCCAGGAUGCAGUUAUCAUCAUCCUGGGCACCAGGAAUGACCUCAGCCCGACCACCAUGAUGUCUGAAGGCACCAAGAACAUUACUGAAGCCAUGAAGGCUCGUGGGAUCAGCAAAGUGAUCGGCUGCAUGUCAGCCUUCCUGUUGUGGGAUCGCUCCAAAGUCCCACCCCGUCUGGUUCCUGUGACAGAGGACCAUGACAGAAUGUACACAGUGCUGAAAACAUCGGGGCUGGACUACGUGGCCGUCAUGCCUCCUCACAUUGAUAAUGACCUUCCUCUGACAGAGAAAUACAUGGCGACGGAGAACAUGCUAAAAGGAAGAGCCAUCUCCAAACAUGACCUGGGACACUUCUUCGUCAAGUGUCUGUCCACAUCAGAGUGGGAUGGCAAGACUGUAGGAGUGUGGGGAGAGUAUAAAUAGUCCUGAACAACACAUCACUGAUGCCCUCCGGACAGCGAGGGGGUUUAAAUCUCUUCCUGUCACUGAUUGCCAUUCAUAAUAUCUACCAAAUCACACUCAGGAGAAUUUUUAUUUUUUUUUAUGCUGAGAUUUCGAGUUAAUAAAGAACUAAUGUCUGUGUAGAUUCAAACUGCGAGUGUGUUGUCAUAAACAAGGAUGCUUCCCUGUGUUAACCUUUAUAAUCACUACUGGGCAGCUUUUGCUUGGCAUUUUAUAUUUUUAUACUAAUUUCAAUUUUAUUAUCAGCUGCAACUGAGUGCUGAAUCUGUACUGCUGCUUCAGCUGUAGUUGUUCACAUUGCUUUACAUUAGAAAAUGUCUUUAUACAUUAACAAUUUUUACAUAUUGAAUGAUUCGUUUCCUAUCAGUGUACAUGUCUAUGUUGAUGCCUCCUGCUGCUGCUCUGGUGUACAGCAGAUCCUUUUUAUAGCUGUUAAAAAUAAAUGACUUUAUUGUGCAAAA